UAGUGGUUGAACUCUUCAAUGGCCACACUAAACUAAAUUAAUUUGUUACUUAGGGCAGAGACCAAAUUCCCAAUCUAUUUGAUGUAAGCAGAAUGAAUUGAAGAGAGAAAGAUCAGAGCAGGGAAAUGAUGGAGGAGAGCCAAGAAGAAUUUUUCCUAUGGGACGUGUUUCUGAGUUUCAGACGCGCCGAUACUCGCCACAACUUUACUGACACCUUAUACAAAGAGCUCGUACGUAACAAUAUCCGGACCUUUCUCGACGACGAGGGUCUCGAGGGAGGAGACGAUGAUCUCGCCCCCAUCCUGUCGGCGGCGAUCAAGGAAUCGGCGUCAUAUAUCGCAGUCAUAUCGGAGAACUACGCUUCGUCGACGUGGCGUCUAGAAGAACUGGCACAGAUAUUGGAAACCAAGCGUCGGUUGCUUCCGGUGUUCUACAAAGUGGUUCCUUCCGACGUCCGCAGGCAGAAGGGCCCCUUCGAAGAUGAUUUUCUAUGCCACGAGCGACGUUAUGGAGAAGAAAAGGUCCGGCGAUGGAGAAAAGCUAUGGAAGAAGCUGGGGACAAGAAGGGUUGGGAAUCCAAUAUCGGGAAAGACGAUUUAUGGUUGAUUCAAAAAAUAAUUAAGUCGAUAUUGCCUAAAGUGAAUAAUGAUCCCCUGAGUGUGGCUAAAUAUCCUGUUGGUAUCCAUUUGCGAGUAGCAGAGCUGGUGGAGCUGUUGGACAUGAGAUCCAAUGAUGUCCGAGUUAUUGGAUUUCAUGGGAUGGGUGGGGUUGGUAAGACCACCCUAGCUAAGGCUGUUUACAAUCGGAUUGCUGCGUACUUUAACUGUCGUUUCUUCAUUCCAAAUAUUAGUGACGCUUCAAGAAAACAUAAUGGUUUGGCUUCCCUUAAAAAGAAACUUGACCAAGAACUUAGUAAAGAGCACAAUGAGAAAAAAGUUCUUAUUGUUCUUGAUGAUGUUGAUGAUGCAGAGCAACUUCAUGCUCUACUUGGUAAUGGUGGUUGGCUUUAUAAUGGAAGUAGGAUCAUUAUCACCACAAGAAAUAAAGAAGUUCUAAGAGAGAAGUAUGUGAAUUUUGUCCAUGAUGUGAAAGAAUUAAGUUCCUCUGAGUCACUUCAACUCUUCAGUUAUCAUGCAUUUGGAAGAGGAAAACCGGCGGAAAAUUUCUUGCAUCUCUCUGAGAAAAUUGUAUCCCUCACAGGAAGACUGCCUUUGGCAUUAGAAGUAUUUGGUGCUUCAUUGUUCAAUAAGAAACAGGAGAAGGAAUGGGAAGCCGCACUGGAGAAGUUGAGACACAUUCAACCAGCUACUCUUCAAGAAGUGUUGAAGAUAAGUUAUGAUGGACUAGAUGAAGAAGAGAAAUGUAUAUUCCUUGACAUUGCAUGUUUCUUUGUAGGGAAAGAUACGGAGCUAGAAAAUGCAAUUGACAUAUUUAAGGGUUGCGGUUUCAAUGCUGAGAAGAAAAUCAAAGACCUCACUGAAAAAUCUCUCAUUAAGAUUUCGAAUGACAAUACCUUGUGGAUGCAUGAUCAACUUAGAGAUAUGGGACAGGCAGUAGUUCAAAAAGAAGACCCAACAAAUCCGGGUAAACGAAGUAGAUUGUGGGAUCAUGAUGAUGUAAUGGCUGUUUUGGAUUCUCACAAGGGUACAGAAAGGAUUGAAGGCAUCAUCCUUGACUUUGGAGAUAUUUCAGAAUCUAAAGAACUUGCCAAGAUCAGCAACCCAAAACAUCCCAUUAUUACAAGGUUGAAGGAAAUCCCUGAGAACAUUCUUGGUUUAAAACAACAGAAAGAUAAAGAGGCCAAGCUGUGCACUGGAUCAUUUCAAGCAAUGGUUAACCUGAGACUGCUUCAGAUCGAUAAUGUUAAUUUGGAGGGAGCCUUUAAACAUUUCCCUCCUGAUCUGAAAUGGCUACAAUGGAAAAAAUGUCCUUUGAAAGUUCUUCCUUCUGACUUCUGUCCUCGGAAACUUGCUGUACUUGAUCUCUCAGAGAGCAAGAUCAAACAAGUAUGGAGGCAAAGACCGUGGUGGGACCGGAACAAGAUGACUGGAGAGCUGCAAGUUCUGAAUCUCUAUCGUUGCUAUAACCUAACUGCUACACCUGAUUUCUCUGAGCACCCUAAAUUGGUAAAACUGGUUCUUGAAGGUUGUAAUGAACUGAAAGAGAUCCAUAAAUCGAUUGGGAAUCUUAGCAUGUUACGUCACUUUAACCUGAGGAGAUGCGGGAAUCUGGAGAAGUUUCCAAAUGAAAUUACCAGGUUGAGGAAGCUAGAAAUGCUUAUAUUCUCUAGUUGCUACAAGCUGAAAAAAUUACCUGAUGACUUGAGGCCCAUGGAGUCUUUAACAGAGCUUCUGCUUGAUGGAACUGCCAUAGUGAAACUACCUGAUUCUAUAUUCCAUCUUGAGAAACUUGAGAGGCUAGACCUGAAAAAUUGUUUGUCACUGAAGCAACUACCCAUCUCCAUCGGAAAAUUACUUUCUCUAAGAGAGCUUACUCUUGAUGGUUCUGCUUUGGAAGAGAUUCCUGAAUCCAUAGGAUCAUUGAAAAAUCUUGAAAGACUAAGUUUGGUGGGGUGCAAAUCAAUCACUGCAAUUCCCGAUUCCUUCCACAAUCUGAAAUCGUUAUUAGAACUUUUUCUUGGUCAUAGUUCAAUCGAAGAACUGCCAAAUUCCAUCGGCUGCCUUUCCCAUUUGGAGUACUUGUCAUUGACUUAUUGCAGGUCCCUUAGCAAAUUGCCUGCUUCCAUUGGAUUAUUAGCAUCUUUGGUUGAACUUCAUCUGGAUAUGACACCAAUCACAGAACUGCCAGAUGAGAUUGGAGACUUGAACAUGCUUGAGAAGCUCGAGAUGAUUGAUUGUAAAUCUCUUACCUGUUUACCAAAUUCAAUUGGAGAGAUGUCAAAUCUAACCACUUUGAGACUACAAAAUUGCCUCAUAACAGAAUUGCCAGAGUCCAUAUGUUCAAUUGAGAAGCUUGAGGUUUUGAAAGUGAGCAAAUGUAAACAACUCAGGCAACUUCCAGAUUCAAUUGGAAAACUACUCAAUCUGUGCCAGCUCCAAAUGGAGGAAACUUCUGUAGCAGUACUCCCUGAAGAUUUUGGAAAGCUUUCAAACUUAAGGACGUUGAAAAUGGCAAAAGAAGAGCCCCGAAAUGUUGAAGAACGUACAGCACUUGCAAAAGAAGGCCACCAGAAGUCCAUGGUUCUUCCAGCUUCUUUCUCGAAUCUCUCAUUAUUAUAUGAGCUUGAUGCUCGUUACUGCAAAAUAUCUGGGGCAAUUCGUGAUGGCUUUGAGAAGCUGUCAUCAUUAGAGACUCUGCGACUUGACCACAACAAUAUCUGCAGCCUUCCAUCUAGCCUGAGGGGGCUUUCUGUCCUCACAAAACUUUCUUUGCCAUAUUGUGCAGAGCUCAAGUCUCUUCCUCCACUUCCCUCCAGUUUGGUUCAUGUGGAUGUCGCAAAUUGCACUGCACUGGAAACUAUAUCUGAUCUGUCAAACUUGGAGAAUUUAGAAGAGUUGUGCCUUGCAAAUUGCCAGAAAGUAGUGGAUGUUCCAGGCCUUGAAUGCUUGAAGUCCUUAAAAAGGUUGUACAUGAGUGGCUGCACCACAUGUCAUGAAGUAGUAAAGAAAAGACUCUCUAAGGUUACUCUGAAGCAUAUGCGCUACUUGAGCACUCCAGGAAGCGAAAUCCCAAACUGGUUUGUUCCAGAAGUGUCAAGCUUUUCAAGCAUCAAGAACCGGAGGAUCAAGGGUGUAGUUAUAUGUAUUGUUAUCUCUAUAGAUCAACAGAUACAGAGAGUGGAAUACCCUACAAUAGCAGAUAUUCGAGUAGAAAUCCUUGAUAACAUGCUCAUACAAAAGUACAGUUCGACUUUUUACUUGCCUGGAGUUCCAGAGACGAACGAAGAUCAAUUUUAUUUCUGUCGGUAUGCAGAAUGGCAUCCACUAAUUCAUUUGUUCCAUGAUGGCUAUAAAAUGAAGGUGACACUGCGCAAACCACCAAUUCUUGCUGGACUUGAACUGAAGAAGUAUGGGAUCCAUCUGGUUCUUGAAGAUGAUGACGACUACGAUGGUGAUGAAGAAUCAUUGGAUGAAACCCAGCUAUCACUUUCAGAGAAACUUGCGAAGUUCUUCAGCUCCAUGUAAUUAGUUUAAAGCCUUGAGGUCGAAUUCUUGUGAAUAAGGGAUGGACGGGGGAGUUGAAGCAAGACAUAGUAACUUCAUACAUGGGGAAUCUUUCCCUCUCCUUCUCCAAAUCCUCCCCAUGUUCUUGUUGACUGUUGAUGUUAUGUGCUGUCUAUGUAUGUUUUCAGGUACUUACUUUUUAAGUAACUGUAUUACGUUGUGUUGCUUUGUUUCCCUUCCACUAGUCUUUCAGAACAAUAAUGAAGACCAUAGCAUGCUUUGGGCUUUUGGU